CACUGAGAAGUGCUCCACUAUGCCCGACUCACCUGCGGAUGUGAAAACACAAUCCAGGUUAACUCCAACCACCAUGCCUCCUCCUCCUCCAACCACCCAGGGAGCCCCUCGAACCAGCUCCUUCACACCUACUACAUUAACCAACGGCAACAACAGCCACUCCCCCACAGCGUUAAAUGGAGCUCCCUCGCCACCCAACGGCUUCAGCAACGGGCCUAGCUCCUCCUCAUCUUCCUCGCUGGCGAAUCAGCUGCUCCCUCUUGGGUGCGGCGCCCGGCAGCUCAGCAAGCUGAAACGCUUCCUCACAACUCUACAGCAGUUCGGCAACGACAUCUCACCCGAGAUCGGAGAACGCGUCCGCAUGCUGGUGCUGGGGCUGGUGAAUUCCACGUUGACCAUAGAGGAAUUCCACUCCAAGCUCCAAGAAGCGACCAACUUCCCGCUCCGACCCUUCGUCAUCCCGUUCCUGAAGGCCAACCUGCCACUCCUACAGCGGGAACUGCUGCACUGUGCCCGUCUGGCCAAGCAGAACCCAGCUCAGUACCUGGCACAACACGAACAGCUCCUCCUGGACACCUCCUCCACCACCUCCCCCGUCGACUCCUCAGAACUACUCCUAGACCUCAACGACAACGGCAAGAGGAGAACACCUGACAGAACCAAAGUGAAUGGCUUCGACAGGGAUGGCCCCCUGCACCUGGAGACCCCCGGUAAGAGACCCUGUACGAUCAGCCCGGCAGGCCAAAGGUUCAGCCCCUCCAACGGUCUCUCCUACCAACCUAACGGCUUGGCCCAUGGACACCCCACGCCGCCCCCUCCCCCGCCCCCACAGCACUACCGGCUGGACGACAUGGCCUUCACAAACCAUUACAGAGACUCACCACACUACCGCCACCGUGAGCUCAGGGAGAGACCACGACCACUGGGAAUGCACGGGGCUCGUCAGGAAGAGGUGAUCGACCACCGGUUGACAGACAGAGAAUGGGGGGAGGAAUGGAAGCACCUUGACCAUGUAAGAAAAUACCUUCCUCCUCCUCAGCUGCUGAACUGCAUCAUGGACAUGGUGGAGAAGACGAGGCGUUCUCUCACCGUGCUGCGGCGCUGCCAGGAGGCCGACAGGGAGGAGCUUAACUACUGGAUCAGACGAUACAGCGACGCGGACGACCUGAAAAAAGGAGCCAGCAGGACCCAGAGUAGACAGCACAGUCCUACAGGACAGGACGACCUCACAACAGAGAUUCACCGGGAUCUUCUCCAUAGACCAGUGACGACCGGAUACGUACCUGAAGAAAUCUGGAAGAAAGCUGAAGAGGCUGUGAACGAGGUGAAGCGCCAGGCCAUGUCAGAGCUCCAGAAGGCGGUUUCAGAGGCAGAGAGGAAGGCCCAUCAGAUGAUAAGCACUGAGAGGUCCAAGAUGGAGCGUAUGGUGGCAGAGGCCAAGAGACAGGCAGCGGAGGACGCACUGACUGUCAUCAACCAGCAGGAGGACUCCAGCGAGAGUUGUUGGAACUGCGGGCGGAAGGCGAGCGAGACCUGCAGCGGCUGUAACACGGCGCGCUACUGCGGCUCCUUCUGCCAGCACAAAGACUGGGAGAAACACCACCACGUGUGUGGACAGACUCUCCAGGCCUCCCAGGCUACUCAGCAGCCGCAGGGUACAGAGACCUCCACUACACCCUCUAGUAGAGCAGGCAGCCCAGCCGGAACCCCGUCUGCCACCACACCCCGCUCCGCCACUCCAGGAACCCCCUCUACGCUGGAAACCACGCCGCACUAAACCGGGAGCCACCCGGGGAGCCAUCGGAGACUCCCAGUAGCCCAACAUGACUGACUCACUUCAUGCUAAAUGCUAACGCGCUAACGCUACUUCUGUUGAAGUAGUGGAGGUUCCACACAGGAGGUUUAUACAUGUAGAUCAGUCACAUUGACUUGUCAUGAUUAACUAUGAACACAAAUAUAUUAUUAUUAUUAUUAUUAUUACUACUAUUGCUGUUAUCAUCCGUUGUCGUCUACGUUUGUUGGUGUUGAUGAUUGUUGACGUUGUCAUUGUUGCUUCUCUUACAUUGUUUCCUGUAAAUAUGAAUCAUAGAAAACAGACUCCAGCGAUGACAGUCCAGACAAAUAUAUACGGACCUUUGUGUUCAGUCCCGCUUCCUAAAUGAGUUGUUGUUUACCUGGGAUGUAAUAUGAAACUAGCUGACCUCAGACACCAAACAACCAAUGAGUUGUUGUUUACCUGGGAUGUAAUAUGAAACUAGCUGACCUCAGACACCAAACAACCAAUGAGUUGUUGUUUACCUGGGAUGUAAUAUGAAACUAGCUGACCUCAGACACCAAACAACCAAUGGAAUAUUACUGCAACACAAACACUGUGGGAAGAGCAGACGCCAACUCUCUUAUUAUGGGAAGACCACAAAUACAAAGAACAGACAGACAGACAGACAGACAGACAGACAGACAGACAGACAGACAGGUGGAUAGUACCCAUGGGUUACAGACAGAGGGACUGUAGCUGCCAGCAGCAAGGUGCAGAUGUGGAACAGACUGUAAAGGAACCACAGCUGUUCCUCUUGACUAGUAAUAAUAUCCAGGUCAGUGGACUGACAAAGAUGUCUCCCUCCCUGAGGGAUGGAAGAGCAAGGAACCAUACAAAUUACCAACCCUGGAUACCAAGAUAGAACUAAUACCUGACUGCAGUACAUGGAAAGAAGGACUCUGUCUGAAUGUAUGUUACACCUGCACUGACUAUCUCUCUGUUCCAAACCAGGAAGUGAACAGAAUGUGAGGUCAUUAACCUGCGCCAGAGAGACUGUCAGCUCCUCACUAUGACAACCACCGGGAAACAAAGAGCUGAAGAGAUUACCUAUGAAUCAGUGAGAGAAAACAGAAGGACACCCUGAACCCAACUCUACUCUCUCUCUGUCCUGCCCAUCUCCUCCAUCUCCUCUGAACCCAACUCUACUCUCUCUCUGUCCUGCCCAUCUCCCCCAUCUCCUCUGAACCCAACUCUACUCUCUCUCUGUCCUGCCCAUCUCCUCUGAACCCAACUCUACUCUCUCUCUGUCCUGCCCAUCUCCUCCAUCUCCUCUAAACCCAACUCUACUCUCUCUCUGUCCUGCCCAUCUCCUCCAUCUCCUCUGAACCCAACUCUACUCUCUCUCUGUCCUGCCCAUCUCCUCCAUCUCCUCUGAACCCAACUCUACUCUCUCUCUGUCCUGCCCAUCUCCUCCAUCUCCUCUGAACCCAACUCUACUCUCUCUCUGUCCUGCCCAUCUCCUCCAUCUCCUCUGAACCCAACUCUACUCUCUCUCUGUCCUGCCCAUCUCCUCCAUCUCCUCUGAACCCAACUCUACUCUCUCUCUGUCCUGCCCAUCUCCUCUAAACCCAACUCUACUCUCUCUCUCUGUCCUGCCCAUCUCCUCCAUCUCCUCUAAACCCAACUCUACUCUCUCUCUCUGUCCUGCCCAUCUCCUCCAUCUCCUCUAAACCCAACUCUACUCUCUCUCUGUCCUGCCCAUCUCCUCCAUCUCCUCUGAACCCAACUCUACUCUCUCUCUGUCCUGCCCAUCUCCUCCAUCUCCUCUGAACCCAACUCUACUCUCUCUCUGUCCUGCCCAUCUCCUCCAUCUCCUCUGAACCCAACUCUACUCUCUCUCUGUCCUGCCCAUCUCCUCUAAACCCAACUCUACUCUCUCUCUGUCCUGCCCAUCUCCUCCAUCUCCUCUGAACCCAACUCUACUCUCUCUCUGUCCUGCCCAUCUCCUACAUCUCCUCUGAACCCAACUCUACUCUCUCUCUGUCCUGCCCAUCUCCUCUGAACCCAACUCUACUCUCUCUCUGUCCUGCCCAUCUCCCCCAUCUCCUCUGAACCCAACUCUACUCUCUCUCUGUCCUGCCCAUCUCCUCCAUCUCCUCUGAACCCAACUCUACUCUCUCCCUGUCCUGCCCAUCUCCUCCAUCUCCUCUAAACCCA